AUAGAGUUGCUGCUGUCAUUCUGCCCAAAUGUUUCCCCAUUUCUAAAGCGAUUGUAUUUCUCGGUAAACAGAUGCAGCUCUUUUGUUGGUUAGUCGCAAAAAAGUUAUUGUUUUCGGGCCAAUUACGUUGAAACCUGUUCAAUUAUUCGCUACUGUGACAAUCGGUGGUUCAUAUUUAUGCUAGAGUUUUCCUGCUCCAGACACAAUGGAAAAGAUUCGAACCAAACGUGCAGCAGAUUCUGAACACGGUAAAGCGUAUCCUGUUGGGGUGAAGACAGUAAUAAAAGAAGAACCGCUAGACGACGACAUCUUGCAUGGUCAUACACAAGUACUGCGUGAAGAAUGUAUGGUAGAAAGUCAAACCGGCGACGGUACUUCGGACAACAGCGAUGUUCAAGAUCCAUUACUAAAUCUUGCGCCCCAAACGGAUGUCAAGAUGGAAAACUUGGGUGCCCUAGGAAACGGUAUUGGAGUGGCAGAAGAAAUCGCUAAUGUUGCUGGUUCAAGUGCAACAAAGAGAAAGCAUAGUGAUGCAAACGAAUUACAAGACGAUAUUGGUACUGCGAAGACUAAUCCUCAUGAAAACUUAAAUCAUGGACAGCGGAGCGGACUAAAUGUUGUUCCGGCGGUAACAGAUGCUGGUAAACGUCGAUCCCGCGGUAAGGUUAAUGUAACGAGCAAUCAAGACCGCGAACGAGUCAUUGCAGCUAGCGAUAAAGGAUACUCACACAGCAUGAUCGCUGAGAUGUUGGGCAUUAAGCGGCCUACCGUCUACAGUAUAUUGAAAAAGUAUUGGAAAACAGGCGAGGUUGAAGCAAACUCACGUGGCGGUGUGAAACCCAAAAAGCUUACAGAUGCGGCAAUUUCGAGCAUUCAAGCAUGGCUGGACGAGGAUUGCACGAUAUCAUUAUCAAAACUGGUUAAAAAGUUUGGGAGCAUCAUCAAAUUCAAGUUAGCCACACUACAAUCGCUCGUGAGUUCUAUCCUUUCUACUAUUCGUUCAAAAGAAUAAAGGUUGCCUCUAGCUCGAAACGGGGUGAAAACACCGAGAGCACUGUACAAGAUCUUUUGCAGUAUAUAUCAUCCUACAAUCAGCUGGUGCAACGUCUUCCCCGGGCCGCUAUCAUAUUCGUUCAUGCAGUGGCUCUCAAUGUAAAUCUACGUACGACCAGCCAAUACUCGCCUGAAAUGGCAAACAAACAACAAACCCGACCUGCAGCCUUGCGUACAAGAAACGUCGUAAUCAUAUGUGCGAUGAACCGCAUCGGUUUAAUUCAUUAUACCACCAGAUACAGGCCCAUCAACCAGCCAGUGUUUGAAGAAUUUCUAAAAGAUCUGACACGAAGCCUGAAUUAUCAGCACGAUGGACACCGACCAGUGCUUAUAUUGAAUGGUGACGCCUUCCGAGAUUGUGCAACUAAUUCGGAGGCUAUUGCGCAAGAGGGGUACGAAGUUCAGUAUCUGCCUCGAAAUGCUCCCGCUUUUAAUCCCCUCGAUAGCUUGAUCGACACAUGGAAGCAGAUCAUGAAAAGGGCUAAUCCCCAAAAUGAAGCAGAACUGAUGGCAGCUAUCGAACGAGGAGCGUCCUUCAUAUCGGAUGGCGAUUGUAAGGAGUGCUUCAACAAAAUGGAUGAAUUUCUGAAUGAAUUUACAAUAAAAAAGCAAGAAAUGAACGAUUGACCGAAAGCAGUCGCGUUUGCUGAACUUAUAAUAGAUUUAAAGGUUAGUUUAAUACAUAUCUAUGGAACAGCUUUGGUGGAGAACUGGCAUGGUUAUUAAUGUAUUAUCUAUCAUACGUGGAUUUAUUUAUUAACAAAAAUAAAGUUACCUAGUCUAGACUGGCCAAAAGAACUAGUAUAAGCUCAAACGGACCUAUCUCGCAUAUAAUUGCCCUAGGUAGGAUAGAAAGUUUAUAUACGAAAAGGACUUUACGGCAAACGAGUGAAUUAAUAAACAAAUGUUAUUUAGCGUAUUCGAAUGUUGGAUAAUCUAGUGCAUCCUGCUUUUGAUCGUAUUAAAAAUUGCUCUGUGUGUUUAAUAAAAUCGUUUCUUUUCAA